UUCAUAUUUUGCUAACAUUUAUUUGUAAAUGUGUGUUCGUUUCAAUAGGUAGUGUGAUAAUUUUAAACUCGCAAAAAUGUUUCGCACGACCCGAGCCAGAGUGCAAAGAGCUUUUCGCAGGACUGUUCGACGAGUAAUUGGAAUAAUUAGAACAGAAAGACCACGACCACCACCGCCACCACCGCCGAUAGAACAGGCUCAUGUUGUAGUAAGUGGUCCAUUCAGCCACCAUAACCUGAUAAAGUUACUGAGAACUUCUUCGCCUGAAAUUACACUCUUGAGCGAAGAAACGGUGUUUGCUAGUGAUCCCGCCGUACAUCCACUUAAGUACUUCCUGCGAGUCCAGUUGUUCGAACCAGUUCGUGGCCAACAAAGGGUUAAAACUCUGGACGUAGUAGCAAAAGUGUUGGGGGUUAAUAAACGCGAAUUUGAUGAGCAUAGGGCAAUCAUUUGCUUCAAAAUGGAAAAGGAAGUUAGGAUGUAUUCAAACGUGGUACAAUCAUAUGACCAGUAUUAUAUGACAAGCAUUUUUUUUGAUCAAAAAUAUUCGGAGCUUUUUCCGCUUUGUUAUGGGGCCGCCCUCAGUUUGGAAAAUAACUUUGCCGAAACGGUUGAUCAGACAGCAAGCAUCUUGAUACAGAACUUAGGUCCCUUGGGAUAUGAGAGAUUCAGGGAACCUUGUAACUUCGAGAUGGCUAAACUGAUAAUCAAACGUUUGGCCCAACUCCAUGCUACCCCUAUAGCAAUCUCCUUGCAAACCAGAAUAUCUGCACUAUCAACAUACAAUAAUCAGUUGCACAUAAGGACGCGUUGUGAGAAAAGAGACUACGGUGAAGAGUUGAGGAGAAUAUGUUUGGUAAUUACGCCUGAGUCAGAUAUGUAUCGUUAUAUCAACGUGAUUGAGAAUCACUUGCUGAGGUAUGGUUACUUUGAUAAUAGAAGCUAUUCUUUGCUAGUUGAUUUAUGGAAUACCAUAGCCCACGGUAAAUGUUCCAUACGUAAUAUGAUGUACAAACCUGCAGAUCAUAAUGGCCCUGCAAACGUAAAAUUUUUGGAUCCUGGACAUAUGGAAGUGGAUUCAUGUGCUGGUGAUUUAGUAUAUUUCAUGUUUACAAGUAUAGAUACAGAUGUUUUAGAAGAGUAUUUUGAAAAUAUUUUGGACUGUUACUACACGGAAUUUUCUCGUUGCUUGGCGCUUGCUUAUGUCAACGCCGAAAAUCAUACCUAUCUUAAUUUCCGAAAUGAGUUUUUAAAAAUAUGCAUGAGCAGUGUAGGUGGAAUUUUAUUCGAAAUAGGUCGCCUUCAUUUUGACAACAAUGAAGGAUUGGAAAGUAUUAUGGGAAUAUCUUAUAGAGUUAAAAUAGAUCGAGUUAUUAGGUUAAUGAUCUAUAAAUGCAUGAUUCAACUGUGAUC